AGGAGCUCACAUCAAAGGCGGUUGCACAGCAGUAGCCGAACAGCCUCACGGUUGUCCCAAAGACAACCCCAAAGAGGGGCCUUCGCUGCGCCUCCCCGACGUUGCUGGCUAGCUUUGGCCAAGUGUGGGAAUGAUUUUUGCGACAGCAUGGAUAGAGAAUCGUCAAGGGCCCCUUUUGGUCACUUCCGAAGAGCAAAAACGUGUUGAGAGGAGACCGGUUUAAGAUUUCAAACAGAACCUCCCCAGUGCGCAUGAAAGGACUUGAUUAGCAUAUGUCAAGAGGACCCGCAUAUAUACUCGCCGUGUAUGUACGCAGGACUCUGAUCUGAUCAGUUUGCGGAGUUGGAGCCUCAGCCCCCAGCCCCAGCCCCCAGCCGGGUAUUGGCAGCGGCCGCUUAUAGAUGUUCCUGCAAAGCCAGCAGCCGGCUCCCACCUACCCAAGGAGAGAAGAUCGCUCCAAGACAGUGAAAACUCCCCUGCUAUCUCAGUGCAAAGUCCAUUCAGCGACCUCACAGGAGUAACCGGGUCUUUUUGCGCCUGUUUUGCUCUAUUUUUUCUCCAUUCACGUCCCCAUCCCCGCUACAUUUUUGACUGGGGUCUUUUGUUUCCCGGAUCCUCCGCCUCUCCCCCUGGCCCUUCCAUGGCUCCCUUAGCCGAAGUCGGGGGCUUCCUCGGUGGCCUGGAGGGCUUGGGCCAGCAGGUGGGCUCGCACUUCCUGCUGCCUCCUGCCGGGGAGCGGCCGCCUCUGCUGGGCGAGCGCCGGGGCGCGGUGGAGCGGGGCGCCCGCGGCGGGCCUGGGGCUGCGGAGCUGGCGCACCUGCACGGCAUCCUGCGCCGCCGGCAGCUCUACUGCCGCACGGGCUUCCACCUGCAGAUCCUGCCCGACGGCAGCGUGCAGGGCACCCGGCAGGACCACAGCCUCUUCGGUAUCCUGGAAUUCAUCAGUGUGGCAGUGGGGCUGGUCAGUAUUAGAGGUGUGGACAGUGGUCUUUACCUUGGAAUGAAUGACAAAGGAGAACUCUAUGGCUCAGAGAAAUUGACUUCUGAAUGCAUCUUUAGAGAGCAAUUUGAAGAGAACUGGUAUAAUACCUAUUCAUCCAACAUAUAUAAACAUGGAGACACUGGCCGUAGGUAUUUCGUGGCACUUAACAAAGAUGGAACUCCAAGAGAUGGUGCCAGGUCCAAAAGACAUCAGAAAUUUACACAUUUCCUGCCUAGACCAGUGGAUCCAGAAAGAGUUCCUGAAUUGUACAAGGACAUACUGAUGUACAGUUGAAGCAUGACAGUGUCUUCGCUGAAGAGCCAAGCUACAACCAUUCUCUCUCGUCAGAGUUCACACUGUAAAAUAGUAACCCGGGAGUCUUCUCAAAAUGUUAUGGAGUUUUCUCCUGGGUGGCUGAAUUUGGGAAGAAUAUUGAGAACAAGAAAAAUAAUAUUUUGGCUGGAAGUAGAUCAAGACCUCUCUUUAUAAGUGGGUUAAGUUCCCUUAGGUUCAUUGGUUCAGUCCUUACUGGUAGAUUGAAGCUGAAAAUCUGUUGAACUGUGGAUGAUGGGAACCCCACCUGGUUUGCUGCUGGUACCUCACCUCUCUGGAUUAUGUUUACUUCAGAAGUUACAUUAAAAGUAGAUACUUCAUGUUGAAGAGAUAAAUUGACACUGUUGACCAAGAUUAUUGCUACAUAAAGUCUGAGGACCUUGUAGGCUUUUGUAGGUUACAGAAUGAUAUGUAAAACUCUGGAUGAAACAUGAGCUAUAGAACAUGCCACAUCAAGAUGGAACAUUUUUUUUUUAAGGAUGGACCUAUUUAUACA